AUGGCCGCCGCUACUGUUUCUAUGCUUCCUCGCCUCGCAACCGCCAUACCUUUCCCCAGCUCACGCUUGACGACGUUGUACACGCGGUAUUUCAACACCCGACUGCUUGCCACGCUCUCCAUCGCCGUCCCCGGAGUGACCUUGAACCUGCCCACAUUUCUCGGCGACAUUUGGGAAUCCAUCCUGCGCGCGGUUCCGAAGAAGAAGGUGUCACAUUCUCGCAAGAGACACAGGCAGAUGGCGGGCAAGGCGCUGAAGGACGUAAACAGCCUGUGCCAAUGCCCAGGCUGCGGGGAGACCAAGAGAACACAUCGGUUAUGCCAAAGAUGUCUCGAAGACAUGAGAAAGAUAUGGCGUGACGACUACCCAGCAAAUAAACCCUUUUAG